GUUCGGUUUACCCAUGCUGCAAUGCGCUACACAUUCUCUCUAUCUACAAGAUGGCGGAAAAAAAGUGAACAGAAUCUAGAGAAAUCAUGGAGUCAAAAGAAUCGUACAAAGUAUGGCUCAGGCCUCUAAGGGGCAUGGCUUGACCUUCCCUUUCCGAGUCAAACCCCUCAAUCACUGCAGAACAUUUACAGACUUGUGUGGGAGAAGUGAGUUAUACGCUGACAGACCAUCAGUGUCCGUCAUAAAGCUGGAACCAGGCAGGAAUGGUUUACAACAAAACGGAUCAAAACCGAAAUCCACUACACCACAAUCACCAAACCAGCAACUGCCUCACGAUCAUAAAACCCACCAUCUGAAAUUCCAAGAAAACCCCGUACCCUGUGUCUCCAACAGCUGUCUGAAUACCGACCCUCACAAGGUUUCUGUGUUUCCCAGUGUGGGUGAAGCUUUAAAAACUCUACCCAAGAGAGAGACAUGUAAAACAUUGCUUGUCUGUCUGGAAGAUGUGUUCAGAGCAUUACCGAAUCAUUUAAAAGCAGUGAAACUCUCACAUGUGAAUAAACUAAUGAAUCAUUCACAAUCAGACAUUCAAAAGCAGCACCAAGAAAAUUUUGAAGAGGAACUGAAAAAGAGGCUGCAGAGGAAAUCCCCGGUUGAGAAGGUUUACAAAGACUCUUCUAUGGAGGCAGCAGAAGACAGAUCUGUUGAUGUUUAUUGUGAUACCCCUGUAAAACAGAACACAGCAUCAACAGGAAAACAAAAAUCCAAAGGAAAAAAGAAGGUCAUAGAAGGUCAGAGUCCAAGGUCAUCUCCAGGGAAACAGUCACCAAAGAAGAAAGCUGUCAGUGACCCAGCACUGGCCUGUGAUGGCGAUACUAAGUCUGGAACAGAGGAUGUUAAACAGGGAAAAAAGAAAGGAAAAGGGUCACCCUCUAAAAAGAACACAAAGUCCAUGGAGGGAGCUCUUAAUGGAGACUUAACAAAUAGCACCCCAGAGAAACAGAUCAUCAAAAGAAAGAAACCGAAAGUGAAAAUAGUUCACAGUACCACAGACAUUGAAAACAUUUCUACCUCUUAUACACCAUCCCCUGACUCCUGUAGUAGGAAGUCGUCUCUGAAUCUCUCCCUGACUGGCCUGACCAGCCCAGGGGAGGGGAAGGAGUUACACCUCUACACAAACCACAAUGAUAGUGCUAAUUCUCUACACAAUUCUGGAUGCUCUACUCCUUCAUCAGAGAAUAAAACGGUGGACAGUCCUUCUGGUCUCUCACCUUCUAAAGAGCUGGGUAGAAGAAUCAGGGCCCCUAAUAUCAGGUACUCUGAUGAUAUUCUUCUCUUGCCAUUAAAAUCACCACGAAGGAGCCGGUCUCCAAAGGGGAGUGCAGAAAAGGAGGGAGCAACAGGGGGUCCAGAGGAAAGUCACAGAGAGCAAAACUCUCCAGAGAAAGUAAAGAAAUCCAGUGAAUGCCAGACCUCACAACUCUACACUCUACUGACUAAGAAAGGUCAGACAAGUAAAAACAUGGUAGAGAAAACUCAAGUCAUGGACAGUGAACAGAAAGGCCAGCCACUAUCUCUAUUAGCACAGAGUUCCAAGGACCAACCGCUUACCAAUGGAGUAGUGGAGAACAUGGAAACUGAAUCUGUGAAGUCAUCAGAAAAACCCAAAAAGAAAAGAAAGAAGAAAUCUGAUGGAGAUGUCUCUGAAAAAUCAAAACCCAAAUCUGUGGAGAAAUCUGAAAAGAAGAAGGGAGAGAAAGUACAGAAAGGCAAAAGUCCGAAGUUAGGAGCAGAAAAAGUUAAAAGUCCUAAAUCAGGUGUGGAUAAAGUCAAAAGUCCAAAGUCCGGAGCAAUCAGGGCCUUACAGUUUGAUGAGAGUGUAGAGGAGUCCAGUAACACAGAGAACAAACAGGAGGACACAGCAGAGAAAGCUAAAGACACAAAGAAAGGGAAGAAGACAGGAACAACUCCAAAGAAACCCAGGAAAACCCCAGAGAAAGGAAAGAAAGCUUCCAUAAAAUCCUCACCAGAGGUACCAGUAAAGCAGACGAACAGUUCUCCAACCUCAAGUAAAUCCAAGUCAGAGAACACAGAUACACUGAUUUGUUUAGACAGCAACAAUUCUAGGUCUAUGGACCUGUUUUCAUUGAUAGCAAAAGUCAAAGACAAUAUGAGUUCCGAUACAUUUCCCACAUUUGCUGAUGAAGUUCUUCUGAAGGCAGAGGAAGAAGACAACAGUAAAGAAGAUUCAAAUGAGAAAAAUGAAAGUGAUCCCAAACCAGUGAGUGAGAAGCCUGAGAACAACCCACAAAGCCUGGAAAUUGUGGAUGACUUCUUCUCUGCAGACUUUCUUAAAGUCUCUCCAAAACAUACCUCAAAGUCACCAUUAGGUGAAAAGCCAAAACCAAGUACCAGUGCAGAACCUUCUACAAAACCAACUUCUGCUAAACUGGAAUCCAUUUUAUCAAACAUCAAGAUCAAGAAAAACUCUGUAGCAGAUGGAGGAACCAUGAAAGAUUCAGGUUGUGAGCUUCCUUCAACUGUGUCAUCCAAAACUGUAGAGACCACUCUGAAGGAGGAUGAACAGAUCAAAAUGAAGAAUGCUGGGAGAUUGGAUGGAAAAGUGACAGCGGACUCUUCUGCUUCUUUUGAUCCCAGUGUUCCGCUUCUGAUUGACACACAGGAAAGACGGAACAUUUUUGAUAUGAUAAUGACAGAUUAUCCGUCACCAAAUAACAUGAAAGGAAAGAAAGAUUGCUCAGAAAAACAGGAGGAGAAGUUAGAAAGUGACAAAUCUGAUAGUGAUGCUAAAAUUCCUAGUGAUAAUAAAGAUAUCUCUCCAAAGGCAAAUGAAAAUUUAUCACUAUCAUUACAGGGUGAACAAUCUGUGAUUGAAAAAAUUCAGGUAAAAUUGGGCAUUCCUUUGGAAGAGAGUCCUAAAAAACAAAAAGUGUCAGAAGGCAGUGAUAAAUGUGAAAGUUCUAAAAAACAAUCAGAAAUCAACAGAAGCCCCACUAAGUCUACUGUGUCACUGGUGAACAGAUCAUCCCCAUGCAGCAGAGAGGAUAGACGAGACCACAACAGCACCAAGGGGAGCUCGGACUUCGAGAUGGUGAUGGACACGGUCGACGAACAUCAGAUGUUAAUGGAUGUGGAGUCGGACUCCAAUCAGUUAUCUCCUCCAGAUGAGAAGACCGGGUCCUCUCGCCCGGUACCAAGGACCUCCACCCAGAGGGUCACAAAGGAACCCACCCCUCUAAGUGUCCUCAGCUCAAUAGAGACGGAGGUACAGGACGUCAUGUCUGCCUUCACCAGUAAUGUUCUGGACGAGUACCUCGACACGAAGACCAACAGGAAGGUCAAGCUCAGUCGACCCAUCAAGAGGACAGACUCAGAGGAGCGACUCGUGGACUCGGAGGAUGAACUAGAGGAGGUGACAGAGAUGCCAGAACAUUACGAUGAGUUCUCCGGGAUGAUCGAGCAGUGUGAGCCCUCGUUUGAUGAAGUGGAUGGGGUCUUGUUCACUUCCUUUGCAAAUGAGGAAGCACUAAAUGCACAUGUUAAAGUGGAGAAAAAGACUAAAAUAGGCAGGAAUGAGAGUAUUCUGUUAGGAAUGGCUAGGAUGAAGAAUCUGAGAGUGAAGCAAAAUCAGAUUCGGAAUAGUGUUCACCAGAAGAAAGAUGCCAGGUUAAAAGCGCUGAAGGAGCAGUAUAAGAUCAACCAAAGCCUGCAGGGAAUGCAUCUGGUGCUGCUGAAGUAUCAGAGAGUCUUCAAGAGAGAGCUGAUCCUAGAGCUGAUGGCAAAGGAACAGGAGAGUCCUGGCAGUGUCAGAGGAAAGACUCCCAAGAAGACAUCAGACAUCACCCAAAUCAAGGGAUGGAAGAACAAGUUUGGUCCUGAUGGAGAGAGUUUGGAGAUGAAAGCCAGUAAAGGAAAGUUACACUGGAGGACAGAGGAGAGACUUCUGAGGAACCACGAUCCAGAGCAACUCAAGCAGAUGGGGCUGGACCUUAAGAAGAAAAGGAGGAAGAACCUGGUGUUCACGAUCAGAAAGGGGAUGUCUAAAGGUGACCCCAGCAGAAUGGAGAAGAUUGACCUGACCUCACAUACAGAAGACGAGGAGGCGAUGGAGGGGGGAGAGAUGCAGCAGGAAGGGGAGAACAGUUUUGGUCAGGAACUUGUUGAGAUGGGUUACGAAAUCUUAGACACUGAAAAACAAAAAGUCAGGGACAAAAAACUAAGGGAGAAAUACAAGAAGUACCUGAUGAUGAAACUGAAGCUCAAUAAUGAAGAUAUUGAUAUUCUGAAGAAACUUGGAGGACAGAGGCUGAGAAGUGCACUGAAACCAGAGAGUCCUAAGAAAUUACCCCCACCCCCACCUCCCACUCCCCCACCCACAGAAGAGGGGGACAGAGAUGGGGAUACAACCACAGAGGGGUCACUGGAUACACCAUCCAAAAAGAAGAGGAAGAGGAAGAAGAACUACUUCUGUAUCAUCACCCUGAACAGCAGCAUGGCAAACGCGGCUCUGUCAGCUCUUCAUCCCAAGUUUGUGGUGAAGGGGAAGAAGAAAGCCAAGGCUGUCAAAGCCAUCAAAAAGGAGGUGAUGGAUCCAGAGAUUGAGCAGCAGAGUAGGGGUGGAGCCAAGGAGAAGGUCGGGGAUAAAACUGAUGAUAGGAGGACGGAGGAGAGCAGGGAGGAGUUUGACAAAAUGUGUGACAAGCCAGGUUGUCGCUAUGGUUGUAUCUGUCACCUAUGUAAAUUUUCUGGUGGAUCACCUGAGACUGCAGACCUGAAUAACACAGAGAAGAAGUGUACCAAGGAGUACUGUCGUCUGGGCUGUAUCUGUGACGAUAACCUUGACAAGGCCAGCAAACAGCAUUGUGGGAAACCCGAGUGUAUGAUCGAGUGUACCUGUGACCCAGUUGCCAGGCGACGGACCAGUAGGUCAUCCUCACAGGGAGAGAAGUCAGAGGGUGGAGGGAACUCUGAGGAGAGUCAGCCUGUCCCUCAGGUGGAGGGGCAGACAAAGAAGUCGGGGAAAAAACCCCAGGUCAUACCUCAGAGAAAAUCCACUUACCGACUCGCCAAGAACCUGGAUGCAGUGAGUCGUAAAGCCAUGCUGGUGUACGAGGCCAGUGAAAAGUUUGAGUCUCAGAAAACCAGGACACAGAAGAAGAAACAGGACUCCAAUGAAAUCCAGAUUCCUAACUUUACCAUAGAACAUGCUGGAAAACAACAGGCAGUAACAAGUAUUCCCCGGACAGAAGUGAGCGCCGCUGCACCCCUCCCUCAGAAGAAACCUCAGGUGACGGUAGCCCUGGUGCCCUCCCCGGGCCUCCCCAUGUCUGGACCGGUCACACUCUCUGUCCCUCAGCCCAGGGUCAAACCGGCCCCCAUACAGACAGAAAUGUACCGCAAGGCUGCAAUGGCACUGAAGCCUCAGUCUAAGAAGGCAGUGGACGACAGUGAGAUGGCGCUGUUUGAGUCAGACUCGGAGAAUGAGGAUAUUCUGGAAGUGGUCUCUUGUGCCAGAGUGGACGCUCAAUACACCAGGGGGUACCACCCUAAGAAGUGUACGUGUGGUAAGGACCACGUCCAGAGUCGGGCUAUCUCCUCCCCGUGUCCCCCCCAGGGCGGCGGUCAGAUGGCCAGUAGUGGACUGUCCGCACUACAGCACAGGCUCACGGGAAAACCCAUAACUGAAGCUGUCUGGCAAACCCAGUGGGUGUGUCUGAAGAGCAACAAACCCCCAACAGAAGGGGACUCUGUCAAACUGCUAGAAAUCCUGUCUAACAGUAACUGGGAACCUCACAAACAGAAGAUACUCUCCCGGAUCUCCCGACACAUCCACCACAAAAACCAGCCAGAGGGUCAGGUGGACAGCUACCCUCAGCCCUGCCUCAUACACAUCGGGGAGUUCGAGAUCGAGUUCCUCCCAAAGUCCAGCAAACCCGCCACUAUUCCUCCCGAAGUCAGGAACAACAUGCCUUCAGCAAUAUUCUCCAUUCGAGUCAGAAUUUCUGCCAGGGAUUUAAAUUUCCCUAAACUGUUUAAGGCACUUCCAUUAGAUAAUACAGUGAAGAACAAGAAUGUCUUGAGCUCAAUGUCAGAGAAAAUAAACAUUGUAAACAAGCCCCCACAGCCCGUGAAUGUUCCGACCAGUGAGGGAGAAAUCAACAAACCCAGCCUGGGUGUGACGGGAAUAUCAGGCUUCAGUCGGCUUCAGAUCAAUAACCGCUCCAUCGUCAACAAGGACGGAAGCUCCCCCACAGACCGAUCUCAUCUUCACCCGAUCUCCACCCAACAAAUGACUCAGAUGAAGCCCUCACAGAUUCACAGUCCUUUAUCAACCAUCGCCUCAACAAUAACCAUACACAGCAGUGGGGGUAGACUGGUCAUCCCCAAUACAGCGACUGUGACCCCUCAGACUGGGGCAAUGACCGCCCAGACCGUGACAGUGAACCCCCAGACUGCCACGGUGACCAAAGUCCUCCCGACUGUCCCUAAAGUAUCACCCUCCAUUACAGUGUCGUCUGCAGCUCCUCAGGUGACCACUACUUCAUCCCUGACAUCCAUACCAUCAACAAAAAUUAGCAACAUUAAAAAUCAAGAAUCUUCAGUCUCUGUGAUAACAAGCAUUGAGCAGCCUUCUGUCCAAACAUUAAAAUCUAUGAUGAACAUUAUACCAGGUUCUUUCAUUCCUUCAGAAGUGGGGAGUUCAGAGAAACCAUUAGUUAGUACUCCCAUCAUCUCAACAUUAGUAAAAGGGAGUGAGGUCUUUGCCAGACUUGGUGCAAUAACCACCUCCACGGUGGCUCCUAGUCAAACUCAUCCAACAUCAAACCCCAUUAAUGUUACAGCUACCUCAGUGAUCACAGCAACCACUUCAAUCACCACCGAUAAACCACUAACGACUAUAUCCGUGAUAAAACAGUCCUCGGGUCAAUCUAUCCAGCCAGCGGUCAACAAGUCUACCUUAGUCUCUCUUCACUCUGUCCUCCAAAAUAAGACAGUUUCCUCUUCUUCACCAGUCGUAGCCAAACCAUUAUACCUAGCAACACCUGUUCUUUCUUCCACUGAAACUAAAGUGCCUGUCAAUAGCAACACUAUGCAGGUUCACGACCUUCGACCUCCCGCCAGCCUCAGUAUGACUCAGGUUCAGGAGAAGGUCUGCGUCCUGGGUCCCAAGUCUUCCCCCGUGACAUUACUGGGUCCCUUCACUUCCCCCUCCAGUAUCCCUAAAGUUCUGCCUCAGAUGAAGAUCAUCCAGGAUAAGGAUGGAAAGCCUGUCAUCCAUCUUGUUCCUUUUCCUGGACCGGUGUAUUCCAAACCAGUUCCAAUGACCUCAGUUCUGAAGAGCUCGCCUUUAGUAAAUUCAGGGGCACCAGCAGGAACUGUGGGGGAGAUGAAGAAUCCAACGAACGUGUUUACUUUGUCGGAUGUGUCUACUACCACGACCAACGUCGCUCACGUCUCUAACGCGUCCACCACGGUCACUCAGAGCACAGUACCAGCCAUGUCAGAGAAAGUCCAGGGGCCACUACUGCCUAAACUGGGAGACCAGAUCCUUCUAGUGUCCAGUGAUGAACAGAAUCUGAAACUCCUAACAAACAAGCUCAAGGUGUGUGAUAACCAGAGAAGUGUGAAUGACCAGAACAAGAAGGCAGAGGACUCAAACAGAAAAGUCACUGAAGAGUGCAGCAGUACUGAAGGGAGCAAGGAAGUGAACGAAGUCCCUCAGCAAUCAAAGGAUGAAAGUGUUCCUGUGAAGCGAAAGCUUGAGGAGGAGAGAGAGGAGGAGAGAAAGAAAUUAAAAACCAGUGACAGUGAGGACAAAAAACCCACAGAGGGAGGAGGUAGUAUGAGAGAGAGUCAGAGUGUGCUGGCCAAGAUCCUCCUUUCUGACUCCGUUAAAGAGACCUACAGUAAAUACAGAGACAUCAAGGCUGACGUGGUGAAGGAGGACACCAAGAAAGAGGACACACCAUCAUCUACCAGUUAUAAAGAAAAUGUUGUAGGCAGUAAAGAUGAAGACUCGAAAAACACAGAAUCAGGUAACUCAGGUAAUUCUGUAAAGGGACAAGAGGAGCUUAAAGACCCAGAGGACAAAGAGAAGACGCGGGAAGCAGACUCAGAGAGUGAGUGUGGUAGUCCAGACAACAGGGGCCUCCACACAGGGGCAGACCUGGACUCCAGCUGUGAUAAGAGUGACGAAUCGGAUGCCACCGUGGUCGGAGGAAUCGAUGCAGAACAGAAAGAUCCUGAGGGAGAGAAGGCAGACAAAACAGACACGGCUGACGGGAAAUCUAAAGAGGAUCAGACGACAGAACCAGAGGAACAGCUCAACAACAGUGACAGAGAACAGAACACUGAAAAAACUGCAGAACAGGACGUUAUUUAUAUUUCUGAUUCACCUGUGAAAAAACCAUCAGGAAGAACAUCUACUGUGUUUGAUAAUGUGAAUCAAAAUUAUCCAGACAAAUCCAAUGCAGAGUCCAGCGAGGCAGGGGAUGGUACAGACGCUGGUGAGAUUUCUGAGGAGAGGGUAUCAUCACUGAAGCGAUGUCUGUCCCAGGAGGACAAUGAGGGUAACAAGAGGUCGCGGACCGAGGACAAGGCUGAGGACAGUGAGGAGGACCUGUGUAUGACGGUGGAGGACACAGAUGAUAUGGCUGUCAUCAUACCUAACGAGGACUGUGUGGAAAUCAUCAACUCAUCAGAUGAGGAGAUAGACAUAGAGACAGAGACGGACGUCAACAUGAACAAACUCCUGAGGAAGCAAUCAGACACCAGGUGGGAGUACUUCAACCCGAACUGUAACGUCCACUGUAUCAACAAGAAACCCCACGCCAAACGCAAAACCAGCCACAAGACCAUCGUACUCAAAGACGACUUCCACUUCAGAGAGGGUGUGCUGGAGGACCCCAAAACCAGGAGAAUUCAAAUGAAGAAAAACAAGGAGAAGCAGCGUCGUGAGGAGAUGAGGAUUUCCUUUAAGGCCUUGGCUGAGUCUAUGUAUGGAGAGGACAAAGAUGACACCAAGUACUCACAAAUCCUCAACCACACCGAGCCCAAAGUACAGCUCCUCAAUAAGGCCAAAGAGAAGAUUGAACACAUGGAGGAGAUAAGUCGUAUGAUGGCGAGUGAUAAACAGUCUACUCAGGCCCGGAAUGUACAACUGCAGUCUAAACUAAAGAGUCUGAAAGAAUUUAUCAUCCAAGAUAGAGGAAUGUCAUGGAUGGUUCUACAGGCUCACCUAGACAAGAUCUCUAAAGUCUGCAAGAAGAUAUUCCUGAACAUGCCGGCCAUUCUGAAGAAGCGAGCCAUGGAUCGUCGAGCCGCAUCGGGAUCAUCCGUUCCCAGUUCAGUCCGGUUAAAUUCCGCGUUUACCAGGCCUGGUGUUAUCUCCAGACCUCCCAGGUCUGUCCUGACGUCUAACUCUAACGGACCGGUACCAAUACAAAUGGUGUCCUCGGAACAGGUCAGAUCCAUGGCUAAAAAUCAGGAACUAGCCCGGACCAAGGAGAACUUAUCUAGCCGUCCAGACAUAUAUAUAGACUAUGCAGAGGAGGAACACGAAAUCUGCGAAGAUCUGAUGAGACGCGAAGAAAAAAAUCGUAGAAAGCAGAUUCAUGAGGUUAACCCGAGUGAUGAUUUUAGCUUUGAAAUCGGUGACCUUCCUAGUUUGUUCAAGAAGUCGGAAUACAGUGGGAGCUACUCUGUUCAGGAGGGCAGAAUAGUCAGUAAUUCUCCGAGUCUGAAAAGUGAAGCCCUGAAUAAUGUGGACAGUGAGGAUGACAAAGUGAUCAUCGCUGACGAGUACGAUGACUCCGGGAAGAUGACUGUCUACAGACUGAACUCUAACCCCAUAGUGGAGGUACCUAUGUCAAACACGGGUAAAAUAGUCACCUCAGAGGUCCCCGAGAUCAAACCAUUGACACAGGACCUGGAGGAUCCUAAUGGAGAGGAAGAGACGCCUAUGUUAGUCAUUACAGAGGUCAAAAGUCUGUCCUCAGACCAGUAAAUAUUAUGGAGGUUAAAACUCUGUCUUCAGAACAAGGAAGGUUAUUAUAGAGCUUAAAACUCAGUCCUUGGACCAGUAACAGUCAUUUUGAAGGUCAAAAGUCUGUCCUUAGACCAAUAAUGGUUAUUACAGUGGUCAAAGUCCUGUCCUUCAACCACUCCUGGUCAAUACAGAGGUCAUAAGUCUGAAUCAGACCACUAAUGGUCAUUACAGGUGGAAAGUGGUUCCUUUGUAACUAAGUAUGGUACCGAUCAUACAAGACAGUCCUCCCACUCUAUGUUGAUGUCAGGGUGCUGCUCACCACUAGAUGUAACCCCAAAGACCCCUUUCUUAUUUCAAUUCUAGCAUCCACAUGUUUCAAGUUUCAGUAAACAGGAUCUUGAUUAACCCAGAUGAUUGAAUUCUGUCAUCUUAGAUGUCUCUGACCAAUAUGAUACAAAUAUCAGCCCAUCGCUCUUCAUUUACUUUUAUUUAGUGGUACAUGCUAUGGUGUUUCCCUCUGUGAUGGUCGGAUGGCCAGAUAUUAACUUUGGCCACGAUUCACAACCUGUAACAAUAACUUUCAUUUUACAAAGAAAUCCGUUGUUAUUUAUAGUUAGAUAGCUACAUCAGUAUUGAGAGCUCUUUGAAAUGUUAUGAAUAUUUAAAAUGAUGAAGUUUUUAUGUUAAAUGUGAUACAGAAAUUAAGAUACGUACCCUGGCCGAUUGUGUGAACAGAGAUACGUAUAAAUAACUGACCUGUAUUCUCUAUCCCAGAUGAUUAUAUCUUGAAUUCAGAUGAUUAUAUCUUGAAUUCAGACAUGCAAGAUUUUUGUGUAUGCCAAGAUGUACACAGAAUUGUGAUAAUAAUGUUAUGUAUAUAAAAUAUAUAUAUUCCCAUGUGUUCAUUAUGCUGUAGGAUUUUCCGUCUUUGAAUUUUUACUUUUUAUGAAAUCCUGUGUCCAUUCAGUGCUAGUUAAGCGUGAUUGUGUUUCUAUUAAUGACUGUCUUUAUUUCUGAUUUAUUUUGUUUGUGUUUAUGGAUGAGAAGAAGUGUUUAUAUGGAUUUCUCUGUAUUUUGUGAGGUGUGCUACUUUAUUAAGAAGUAUCUUGUGUGUAUGACUUUUAAAUUUUUGGUUCAUUAAAUACAUUUACCUUAAUUAGAGAAAUGUAAAUGACAUUUCCAUGCAAGUAUCUUUACGAUGCAGACCUGUUUUUGUACAUACAUAGCUUGAUGUGUUGUCAUACACAGAAGCUAGCUUAUAGCUUGAUGCGGGUAUCAUAGCAAACAUGCAGAACAAUAAAUUUAUUAUAAAACCAUGCA